GAAGAAGAUUUGUUCUCUGUCGAAAGUCGAACCGGUAUUUGGUACAUUUUUCAUUUUUAUCAUUUUGUUUUUGUGUGGAAACUGUUGUUUUCUGGGUUUCUAGAAAAUAUAUUUAACAGAUCAAAGUUUGAAGAUGUUCAGGAAUGAAGAAGAUGAGGCAAGUGAUUAUGAUGAAGGGGAUGAAACUUUUGAGUCUCAUAACUUCAAGCCUUCCUAUGUAGUUGUUGCAAUUGAUACUCACCAUUCAAUGUUCAAAAGGAAUAAAGAAAACAAGCUGCAUUUUCGAAGUUGUUUGGAGGCUUGUCUUGCUCUUGCUGAUUCCUUGAUUUUAAAAACCAAUACUAGAAGUUGGAGACCUUUUUCAAUAGUACUAUCUGGACAACAAACUGCGCUGAUAGGUUUCCAUAAUAAUAUCCUGGAUACCAUCAAAUUAUUGAAAGCAAAACUUCAACUUUCAGAUGAUGCUCUUACUAAAGAAUUUCAAAGUAAAGGGGAGCUAGAUCUAGCUGCCUUCUUUUUGGUCUGCAAGAAAUUGUUUCAUGAUAUCAAAACCACAUUUUACAAAAGAUCUCUGAUUUAUAUAACAAACAAUGACAACCCUGUGAAUAAAAAGGCAGCAAAAUUUACAGCUCUCAAUGAAGCAAAAACUUUCAGUGGCAGUGAGAUAGAAUUCCAAGUUAUUCCUACUGAAAACAACUUCAACUACAAGAUAUUUUACAAUGAGUUGUUGUCUUUACUUGGUGGUCCUCGUAUAGAAGAAAUUUGCCUUGACACUGAAGGUCUUACUCUAAAAUUAUCAUCAUCAGUGGGAAUCACUCAAAAUCAGAGGAGGAUGAAGUUCUAUCCCUUCUUAAAUGAUCAAAGUCGGUAUUUGAAAUGUGUGAAACUAGAUGUGGUAAGUCAGGUUGGGCGUCUCAUCAAUGUUAUGAUGACAAAAGAUGGUAAAAAAGUCAUGAACAUGACAGAAGUGAGUGAGGAAUCCCCAGAAUUCUUCAUAAAAUCACAUGCUGAAGGUGUUGAUCAUGUUAGGUUUGAUCUAGCAGAGAAAAAUAUGCUGCAGCAUUCCUCAAUACCAAUUGGUAUAACCAUGAUGUAUGUUUCCAAAAGACUUGUGGAUAUUGGACAUGUUUUUACAAAGCCCUAUUUGUUGAAAGAGGAUCCCAGUGAAGAAUUGCCUUUUUUCAACAAAUUUUGGCAGGGUUGUGUAGAUAUGGACAGAGUUCUAAUAUGCAUAGUGAACUCCAGAGAAUUGGGUAAAAUCCGGUAUUCAGAACUUAUUCCAGUUUUGGUUGAUGAUUCACCCAUGUUUUUAGUCAAAUCCUUGCCGUAUGCAAAUGAAAUCUCCUACCCUGUCGAAUCCGAGUACCCGGAAUAUAUACCGGACGAAGAAAAGCGCAAAGUCGUCGAAGGCUUAGUUGACAAGCUGACGUUCGACUUCAACAUCAGCAUGGUGCCUGACGCCGUGAUGGAGAAGAAGAAGGCUUACAUCAAGGCCAAGCUGCUGGACGAGCCUACCGAAAACGUAGAUGGACCGGUCACGUGCGAUAAGGACACUUUGGACGAGCACCUGAAGGACGUGGUCAGAGACAUAAAGAACAAGUUUGUUCUGUCUGGGGAGAAGAAGAGGAAGGCUCCUGCACCGAGGGGGCCUUCCAAGAAGAAGCAAAAGUGAAUUUUUUCGAGGUACCGGUUGGUUGAAAAUGCUCCAUGAUUCCAUGUACAACAUUGUUUUGCAAAGGGCAGUAUCAAUUAUCUAUCUUCUUCUACUUAUUCCGUUAUUUUUUUAUAAUGUUCAGUGGAUUUUCUAAUAAAUGUAUUAUUUGUGUGAAUAAUUACCAAUUAUGGCA